AUGGCUCUGGCUCAGGGGGCAUGUGUGGUGCUGGGAGAUGAAGGCAGAGGGAGACCUGGGUGCUCCCUGAGCGCAGAAGGUGGGGGCCAGCUGCUAUGUCCUGCGCACACCUCCCUGCAGGCCCUGCUGCACCCCGGGGUGGGGGACAGGAUCCUCACUCGCAUUGGUGACUUACUAUUGCCACUGGUUGGAGGCAGGCGCUUGGGCUCAGCCAAUGCUGAGGGGUCUCUGGGCUGCGUGCAGAGCACAUUGGACACAUAUAGGACAGGAUCGGGGCAGGGAGGAACUGAUCCUGCCCCAGUGCUGAGCACUGCUCCCGCCGCUGUCCCAAUUACCCUGCUGUGCUCUGGUGCAUCGCAGCUAAUGUCCCGACGCAUUUACGGCCCCAUCUGGAAGUCGACCUUUGGGCAUUACGAGAACAUCAACAUUGGGAGCCCCGAGGUGCUGGAGCAGCUGCUGCGGCAGGAGGGCAAGUACCCGAUGAGGAGCGACAUGGCCCUGUGGAAGGAGCACCGGGACACCCGGCGCCUGCCCUACGGACCCUUCACCGAGGAAGGGGAGCGCUGGUACCGCCUGCGCCCGGGCCUCAACAAGGUGGUGUCGGACCUGAUGGUGCGGCUGCGGGAUGAGCGGAGCCGCAGCCCCUCGGGGGUGCUGGUGGGCGACAUGGCCAACCUGCUCUACCGCUUCGCCCUGGAAGGGAUCUCCUACAUCCUCUUCGAGACCCGCAUUGGGUGCCUGAAGCGGCAAGUCCCUGCCGAGACCCAGCACUUCAUCAACUCCAUCAACCUCAUGUUCAAGAACUCCAUCUUCGCCACCGUCCUGCCCCGAUGGACCCGGAAGGUGCUACCCUUCUGGGGCCGAUACCUGGACAGCUGGGACACCAUCUUCGCCUUUGGCAAGACCCUGAUUGAUCGUAAGAUGGAGGAGCUGGAGGGGCAGGUGGAGCGGGGCAAAGAGGUGUCGGGCUACCUGAGCUACCUGCUGGCCAGCGGCCGGCUGAGCCUGGAGGAGGUCUACGGCAGCGUGGCUGAGCUGCUGCUGGCCGGCGUGGACACGACCUCCAACACGCUGUCCUGGGCCUUGUACCUCCUCUCCCGGGACCCGUGCAUCCAGGAGGCCCUGUACCAGGAGCUGACGGCCAUCGUGCCCCCUGACCGGGUCCCGGGUGCUGAGGAUAUCCCCAAGAUGCCGCUGCUUCGUGCUGUUAUCAAGGAGACGCUGAGGAUCUACCCCGUGGUCCCCACCAAUGCCAGGGUCUUUUGGGAGAAGGACAUUGUCAUCGGAGACUACCUCUUCCCCAAGAACACCCUCUUUGUCCUGGCGCACUAUGCCAUGUCCCAUGACGAGACC